CUCCCCUGCUUUCCUCCCCUGCUUUCCUGCUUUCCUCCCCUGCUUUCCUCCCCUGCUGAAACUGCUUUCCUCCCCUGUGCAGUGUACAAGUGAAAGAAAUCAAAGGAUUAAGGUUUAAGGAUGUCAUCAGAAACUGCAGCUACACCUUCUGAAACUGAAGCAGCUAGAGCGAAUCUCCUAAAAAGAAAUUCAGAUGAUGUUGGAUGGGAAUAUGGUGUUCUUGUUGAUGCUAACAACAAAGACAAGGUGAAGUGUAAGUUCUGUGACAAGGAGAUGAGGGGAGGGAUUUAUAGGUUGAAGGAACAUCUUGCCCAUGUUGGAAAGAAUGUGAAGAAAUGCACGUCUGCAACACCGCAGGCUCUAGAGGCUAAAGAGAAGUGCAAGAAAGCAAUAGAGGCUGCAAAAAGGAAGAGGGAGGAGAAGACUGUUCGUGAGCUAGAACUUAGAGAGGAAGUGAAUGUAUCUAGGGUUGGAGAGGAGUCAGAAGAAGUCACUUGUGUUGGAAGCUCACAGCCUCACAAAUUAGGGCCAAUUGACAAAUGGACACGUGCUAUUGAUCCUACCAAGGCUGAUUCAUUCAAACAACAGCAGCUGAACAAGGAACUAUGGAAAGAAAGAGAGCAUGAGGUGCACAAGUUUAUUGCAAGAUGGGCCUAUAAUCAUGGAAUACCUUUCAAUGCAUGUGACAAUGAUGAGUUCAAGCAAAUGUGUGAAGCAAUUGGACAAUUUGGACCAGGACUUACACCUCCAACUCAAGAUGCCUUUCGAGGUAGUUUGCUGGAAGAAGAAUAUGAAAGAACCAAGUGUUUGCUGCAGGAACGUGAAGCCGAGAAGAUGAAAAAUGGUUGCUCUAUUAUGACCGAUGCUUGGUCAGAUAGGAAGAGGAGAAGCAUAAUGAAUAUAUGCACUAAUUGUGCUGAUGGAACCUCCUUCAUCAGCUCAAAAGAGAUGUCAGAUGUGUCACACACAAGCGAAGUCAUUUUUGAAUUAGUGGACAAAGCAAUUGAAGACAUUGGUGAAGAAAAUGUGGUGCAAGUAGUCACUGACAAUGCCUCUAACAACAUGGGAGCAAAGAAGCUAUUGCUUGAGAAGAGACCACAAAUAUUUUGGACCUCUUGUGCAGCUCACACAAUCAACUUGAUGCUCCAAGGAAUUGGCAAAUUGCCUCGGUUCAGGAAAGUGAUUGACCAAGCAAAGUCAUUUACCAUAUUUGUGUAUGGCCACACAAGAACAUUGGAGUGCUUGAGAUACUUCACAGAGGGGAAAGAGCUAGUGAGGCCAGGAGUGACUAGGUUUGCUUCAUACUUUCUCACUUUGAACAGUAUGCAAGAGAAGAAGGACCAGUUAAGGAAGAUGGUAGUUCAUAGCAGGUGGGACUCAUUAAAGGAUGUGAAAUCAAAGAAAGGAAAAGAGGCCACAGCUACUAUAUUGAGUCCAGCCUUUUGGAAGGAUGUGAAGCUAAUGUUGGCUGUUUCUAAUUUAUGUCAGCAUCAUGGUGGCGGUUAUAUGGAACUGAAACACCAGCUUUACAAAAGAUGGCUACAAGGAUAUUAUCUUUGACAUCAAGCUCUUCUGGUUGUGAAAGAAAUUGGAGUGGGUUUGAAGGGAUACACACUAAGAAGAGAAAUAGGCUGACUACAACCCGCCUCAACAAGUUGGUCUAUAUUCAGUUCAAUAACAGGCUGAUGAAUAACAGAGAAAAGAUUAAGUCAAAGAAAAUCACUGAUGUUCUCUUGUCUAGUGAUACAACUGAAGCUCAAGGUUUUCUCCAAGACGGUGGAGAUGAUUGUGCACAAGUUGUCUUUAGAGAUGAGGAGGAAGAUGAGAUGGAAGGUACAGGGAUACCUUGGUCUGUUAUUGGAGAGGCAGUGGGAGCAGAAGAACAGCUUGAGCCUCGUAGAAGUGCAAGAGUGAGAGAGCUCUAUGAAGGAGAAGAGUUUGAGUCUGAAGAAGAAGAGUAUGAAGAUGAAGAUUUGUGCUACAGUGAAGAUGAAAUAUGAUCUGGACCAUCUCCAUGUAGUAGUGAAGCCUUUUGUGAUGCCCUGGUCUUAUGAACUGCAGCUGUGUCACUUUGUGUCUGUGUGUCUUCUUUUGUGUGAGACCUGAACUAAGAACUAUGUGCUUGUGUUGUCCUUUAUUUAUAAAUUGUGUUCUGCACUUGUAUUA